CUGCGUCAGCCGCGCGUGAAGUUGUGUUGACAGGGGCGGCAGCCAGGAGUUGUCAAAGGAACAGCAGCAGCAGCAGCAGCAGCCAGCUCCCACGAAGCCGAAUGGACUAGAGUCACAAGCUGUCAUUUCACACCGCGUCUGUGUUACCGCUUCCAAGCGCCUUUUCGCUCCUGUGAGGAAACAAACAUGGCAGACGAACAGUCCACCCAGUCCUGGUCCAUCAACAGGGAUGACUACGAACUCAAUGAGGUGAUAGGCAGCGGAGCCACCGCAGUCGUCCAGGCAGCAUUCUGCAAGCCAAGAAACGAGAAGGUGGCCAUCAAGCGCAUCAACCUGGAGAAGUGUCAAACUAGCAUGGACGAGCUCCUGAAAGAGAUUCAGGCGAUGAGCCAGUGCCACCAUCGAAACAUUGUGUCUUAUUAUACCUCCUUUGUGGUGAAAGAUGAACUGUGGCUGGUGAUGAAGCUGCUCAGUGGCGGCUCCGUGUUGGACAUCAUCAAGCACAUCAUCUCACGCGGUGAGCACAGGAACGGCGUGUUGGACGAGGCCAGCAUCGCUACCAUCCUGAGGGAAGUCUUGGAAGGGCUGGAGUACCUCCACAAAAAUGGACAGAUUCACCGAGAUCUGAAGGCUGGAAACAUUCUUCUGGGAGAUGACGGCUCCGUGCAGAUUGCUGACUUCGGUGUGAGUGCCUUUCUAGCUGCAGGAGGAGACAUGACGAGGAAUAAGGUUCGGAAGACGUUUGUCGGGACGCCGUGCUGGAUGGCCCCGGAGGUCAUGGAGCAGGUCCGUGGCUACGAUUUCAAAGCAGACAUCUGGAGUUUUGGGAUAACGGCAAUCGAACUGGCUACUGGGGCUGCACCAUAUCACAAAUACCCACCCAUGAAGGUGUUAAUGCUGACUUUGCAGAACGACCCUCCUUGUCUGGAGACGGGUGUUGCAGACAAGGAAAUGGUGAAGAAAUACGGCAAGUCGUUCAGGAAGAUGAUCUGCUUAUGUUUACAGAAAGAUCCAGAAAAAAGACCAACGGCUGCCGAGCUGCUGAAGCACAAAUUCUUUACAAAAGCCAAGAACAACGAGUACUUGCAGGAAAAGCUCCUGAUGAAGGGUCCCACAAUAUCAGAUCGAUCUAAAAAGGUGCGUCGUGUGCCCGGCUCGAGUGGCCGCCUCCACAAGACGGAGGACGGCGGGUGGGAGUGGAGCGACGACGAGCUGGACGAGGAGAGCGAGGAGGGAAAAGCUGCCGUGGCGGCUCUGCGGUCACCCAGAGUGAAGGACGGCUCCCAAAACAUGGAGCUUUUCCCACCAGCAGAUGGCUCCACCACGCAUCUGCAGCCGCCCACAGCCGCGCAUGACAGACCCGCCAGUUUGGCCCCGGCAGGAGACGACCCGCAGGCGGCCGCUCAGCCAGCGAGCCCCUCACACGGACCUGCUGUCCAGGAGCCUGCAGCUCUCACUGUUCCCAUCAGCCUCGUCCUCAGACUGAGGAACACCAAGAAAGAGCUCAAUGACAUCCGCUUUGAGUUCAUGCGUGGCAGAGACUCUGCUGACGGCGUCUCUCAGGAGCUGGUCUCGGCCGGUCUGGUUGACGGGAGGGACUUGGUCAUCGUUGCUGCCAAUCUGCAAAAGAUUGUUGACGAUCCUCUGAAUAACAAAAAUGUGACCUUUAAACUGGCGUCUGGCGUGGAGGAGUCAGAGAUUCCUGAUGAUAUAAAGCUGAUUGGAUUCGCGCAGCUCAGCAUCAGUUAAUUCCAGCGGAGUUGGGAAAAUAAGACUGAAACAUGGUUUUGCACAGCUGCAUUGUAGUCAACUCCAAGGACCCACUACUGCCAAAGAGAGGAGACUGAUGAUGAGGAGGAGGAGGAGGAGGAGGAGGAGGAAGCAGCGGAGAAAACGUGAGCUUGGCAGGAGUGUGACACUACUGCAGGACGCACGAGGACCACACCGAGGGGCUCAGCUCAUCACAGGAAUCACACUUGAAAUGUUUACAGUGCGCUUAUACAGUCAACGGGAGAGUAAAAAAUGCAAUCAACUAUUAUCUGCUCCUUUUAUUUCUCUUACUUUUAGCCCUCCUCCUCGUACACGAGAGCAAUCCAAACAAUCUCCUGCCAGUACUGGAAACGUUUGCCUUUUUCUUUCUUUCUUCUAAGUCAGCUGUGCCACAAAGCUCCAGAGUGUUGUGCCACGUUCACGCGACACUUUACGCUACCCUGAAACUGAACGGUGCAAGUUGGGCCUUAGUCACCGCUAACUCCCCGAGUGUUUGGCAAACAAACAAACGUCUAAGAACAUCCCCUUGAGGUCGAUACAGACGUCGUACCUAAACACGUCGUAGCAAGGCUUUUUCCCAUCCGGACUCCUGUACAAAGCCGUCAGACGCGGUGUUAAAGAUCCGAACGUCACCAGGGGGUUCGAGCUCUGACUGCACUGUUAAAACUAUUCAGAUGUUGGCAGCGGCGGCUCAGUUUUUUUUAAAAUAAAGUUCUUUAUCCACUGGCGUUUUCUGAUGUACACACAGGUUUAUUUUCUCUCACUGAGCUCUGCCGAAUAUCCUUCUAUGCAAUAGUGCUGUUUGUUUUAUCAGAUUUGACCACCAGUUGCUGUUGUUGCUUCUUUUUAUUGCUUUUUUUUUUUUUUUUUUUUUCGUGUGCAUGCACCUCAAAAGGAGUUCAUUAAAAGGUCAGCCAUCAGAACGGGCAGCUUUAGGAACCUGCCGCCUGCAGCAAAACAGACGACGCUAACGACCCGACUCAUCACCAGUUUGACGUGUGGGAUGGUUGCCGUCUUUUUUGUUUUUUGUUUUUCUUCCUGUAAGAAAUGGUUCAACCCUGUGAUGACCGAUGACCCGACGGCUGCGGACAAUCCUGGAUGCUGGUGAUGGGUGUCGAGUCUGAGGCGACUCAUGUUACACGCCGACUGCAAGUGAACUUCUGCGGAGGCAUGCAUGCUCAAAAUCUGGAAAUGUUCUUCCAAUGUCAAAUAAAGCUUAUAAGGGCCGUUCA